GCUGCCGCCAGGGCGCGUUAAACUCGGAGCCGUUUUCUGGAGAAGGACGCUGCUUGUUUUGGCUACACGUUCACGAUCAAAUAUCCUGAGUAGCUGCUCAUUCAGCUCGACCUGGAAAAUUACUCUGUGAUAUAAAAACACAUUUUGGUCGGAACGGAGGACGCGCACGGCGGAACCACUGGUAAAAUGAGCAAAGUGCAAGGCGGCAUGAAAUGUGUAAAAUACCUGCUUUUCUUCUUCAACUUCAUCUUCUGGUUGUCAGGUUCACUGGUGUUGGCGGUGGGAUUGUGGCUGAGGUUUGAUCCCAAUACAUCCUCACUCCUGAAUGAAGAUGGAGCCCCUGAAACUUUCUUUAUUGCUGUGUACAUUUUGAUUGGGGCUGGAGGCAUUAUGAUGCUGGUGGGCUUCUGCGGUUGCUGUGGGGCUGUGAGGGAGUCACAAUGUCUUCUGGGAUCGUUUUUUGCCUGUCUUCUGGUGAUUUUUGGUGCAGAAGUUGCUGCAGGAGUUUUUGGCUUCUUGAAAAAGGACAAGGUUAUCGAGGAGGUCACAAAUUUCUACCGUUCCUCCAUUGCAGAGUCUAGCAACAGCACCUCCAUCAUGACUAUUUACCACAAAAUUCUUGAGUGCUGUGGGGAUCCCAGUCAAAACAUGGAGUGUCCGAACUCUGAAACUAAGGACUGUAUCACAGCUAUAAAAGACUUCUUCAAUGAAAAACUCUUCAUCAUUGGAUAUGUGGGUCUUGGCAUUGCAGGUGUUAUGAUUAUUGGUAUGAUCUUCAGUAUGGUUCUAUGCUGUGCUAUUCGGAACAACAGGGAGGUCAUUUAAGUGCUUACAGGCCCUCUACUUCAGCUUGGAUGUCUCCAGUCCACCUUUUGACCACAUCAAGCCAACACUGAUCUGAUUUUGAAAGCGUGAUAAGAUACUGUUUCAAUUUUCUGAUUUUAUUUUUGAUAUAUAAUUCUAUUCAUUGUUAGGGCUGGACCACCAUUGCAUGGAUUGUCCCUGAAAUCACAUUAACCUUUGGCCUUAUUUUGCUGUACCUCGCUUAUCUGAGAGACCUUGCAUAAUUACAACUUGAUUUUUAUGGGCAGUCUAUAAAUUACAGAGCAAAGGAUAUUCAGCAAAAGUAUGUUAUUGUCUUUGUUUCCAGUCAGCCCUCUAUGCAGUACAUGGGACUGCUAAUGUAAAUAUUGUAUGUAAAGUAAACUUACUCAUGCCUUUCUGUUCAUCAGCUACUUAUAAUCUUAUCUUAUUUAUUGCAUAAAUCCUCUCUCUGUGGUAAUCUGUUGAUUUUAGUGAGUAAAGCUCUAUAAACGUUUAAACUGUUUGCAUGUGAUUAAUGGUCACCCUUGUCAGGAACCACGAGUCCAAGAUGAUGGAUUGUAAGAUCUCUGUUCUAAAAAGAAACCAAGGGUACAGUAUUUACUUGCGUGACCAUAUUCUGUCCACUGACAUGCAGAUCUGCCAUCUGUCACUUGCAGUACAGUGUGUAAACCUUUUAACUGUCAAACUGUCAAUGCUUAUGCUUAAUGACUUUAACCUGUUUAAGACCUCUUCCUACUACCUUCCCUGGUGGCCUGAGUAAUACCUCCUUAUGGAGUGAGGAAAAAUUCAUUUAAUAUCAAGGUGCAGUUCUCCUGCAAGGAAAAGUUCACUGGUGCACAUCACUGUAAUAUAGUCUAAAUAAGGUGCUCCAUGAUUGAUGAGAGUAAUAUCAGUACGCCUCCUGUAAGGUUUCAUAGCUUCCUGAUAGUAGUCCUCUUAUUAAUAUUCACAUGAGCACAACUUUGGGGUUGACUGAUACCUCUCUGUGCCUUUGACCACACCUUCAGAAGGGCACAAGCCUUUUGUCUGGGCUCUCCUGUCUAAGCAUGCUGUGAAUGUGAUCUGUAAUUAUAAACAAAUGUGUACUUGUAUAUUUUGUGAGUUUGGGAUUUCUCUUAGAACAUGUUUUGAAUUUGUUUGGAUCAUACUCUACUUAAAGCAAAGCAGUAGGUAUAGACGGUGUUUGUGAAUUCUUUAAAAGGAAAGUGACCUACAGUUUUCAUAGCAUGAAUUUUGUAUUAGUCUCUAAAUAUAAACUGCUUUGAAAAAAAUAAAGAAUUGUUCACACAACUUUUUCCACAAUUCUUUUGUAUUUAUUGUUUUGCAAAUGUGCAUCACAGUACAACAUGAACUAAUACUUUAAAUGGCAGCGGUCUUAAUGUUGCAUUGAGAUUGAGAGCUAAUGCUGAAUGGUAACAAUGAUGGGAAAAAACUUCUAGCAGUCUGAGCAGUGGGCCCCGGUACUUAGAAUGUGAAUGUUUAAAUAGAGUAUAUCAUGCGCACAUGGAGCAUUCUGAAGUAAUUGAACACAGCUAUGUGUUUCUCCUGUAGUAGAUAUAAACCACACUUAAUAGCACCACUUUCACCUUUGUAACUAACAUUUCUUAGAUAAACGUGUUCCAUUUUGUCAGUUAUUUCAGUCACUGCUGUUCUAUUUUUAAAAGAUUGAUUUGUAGUAAUUUCAGCUUACUGUGAAGCCGCUGCAAAUGCUGUGGCUUUUAGAUAAUAUAUGAACCAAAACUGUAACUUAUCCUUAUGGAAAAUGACCAGUAUUUGCCACUACAGUGGAUUGGCUUUGGCACCUAAAUACUUAAGUACAGAAGUGUAUGAUAGUGGUCAAAAGAACAGGAAAGUUGGCACAUGGUUGCUCCAAAUCUCUCAAUGCACAGACAACAAAUUAACAGCAGAAGUCGUCCUAAAA